AUGACUUAUCUUUAUGAUAAUUAAUAAGUAUUCAAGCUUUGUACAUGUAUUUUCUAAGCUUACUUUUUAGCAAUUUUAAACGUAGAACAUUAAUCUUAAACAAGUUAAAAUUCUAAAGCUGUAAUUCGAAUAAAAGUUCUACGUAGAUUCACAAUGCUAAAAGUAAUUAAUAAUUUAGUAGAGUAAAUGCAAGAAGGAAGAAUUGAAAUAAAAACUCGCCCUUAAAAAAGCGGGUGGUUAGAAUAGUAAGUAAAUAGUGUAUUCAACAUAUGGCAGACAAAAUAUUUUGUAUUAGAUGGAACUGAGCUACUUGUCUUUGACGAUGAUUAGAGAGUUUAGCCAAUAGCUUCAGUUAACUUGAACCGAUGCAUAGUUGAUGGUGUUUGGGAAUAAAAUGAAUUGUUUGUUAUCACCAUCAGAUCACUAGUUCAGGAUAUGGAGGAACAGUUUAUUUAGUUAGGAUCAGUUUCAAUGCAGGAAAUUUCAGAAUGGAUGGAGACAUUAAAGAGUGCAAUUAUUUUGCUUGAGUACGAAACUCUUUUUAAGCAACUAGAGAUGGAGGAGCAAGUUGAUAAAUGUAUUUAAAACUCUGAUGAUACUAUUUCUGAUAUAGAUUCAGAUGAUUUCUAGGAGCAUCCUGCGAAUGGAUUAGAUUAUGAGAAGCAAAUAGGUUUGGGUGAUACUCUUCAAGGAACACCAAAUGAGCUGUAAUUAAUUUAAUAAGAUUUCGAAAAAAAACUCUAAGAAAAUAAAAACGCAUGGACUUUAUUUUAGGUAGAAUCUAAUUUAAGAAUUUAUAGGCAAAUGAAUAGUAAAUAAAAUUAAGUUUGCUAUAAAAUGCAAGGAUAUUUAGAAAAUAUUGAUUUUUUCUCUAUGAGCAGCAUUUUUUCAGAUCCUUUGAAUGACCAUUUUUGGGAUUUUUACUUACAAGAAAAAGAGCUUUUUUUGAAGGUUAAAGAAAAUUACUAAAUUUAUAAAACAAAAGAGCAGUUUUAUUCGAAUAAAAAAACAUAUAAAUUUGAAAAUGUUUAUCGAGAGAUAAGCUGGUUCGAUACAAAUUAAAAAAAUAAAAUAUUUUAUUAAUUUAAACAAACAAUUUAAGAAAAUAAUCAAAAUAAUAAAUAAACAGAAACCAUACAGCUAAAGACUCUGCAACAAAUAAUAAAAAUAGAAUAUGUAAAGAAAGGGUUCAUAUAAUUUUAUGUGUACUUGGCAGUUCCAUAUAAUUUCUUAUAAAAAUACCCAAUAUGCGAAACAUAUCUCAUGGAGAGAUUUGUUAAUUUUAGUGUGUUUAAGUUUGAAUUCAAUGAAAUAUUAGAAAAGGUUUAGCAGAGGUAAAAAAGAAUAAAUGGAGAUGAAUCAGAUUUUAAAAAGAAUAUCUACUAACCUAUAAAAUCCUACUAAGUAAUAGAUAAGAAUGAAAAUGAUUCCUUUUCAUAAUUAAACUCUAUAAGAAGUUUGACAAAACUACCACUUAAUCUUCAGUAUGACGAUCCCUCAUGGGAUGAAGAGACUCAUUUGAGAAUAAAAAAAUUAAAUGAAGAAUAGCUAAAUCUAUUCAAAAGUUUCAAAUAAAAAAAUAUUUCUUUAAAAUUGACAGAUAAUGAGUACAUCCAGUUCUUAGUUGCUAGAAAAUUUAACUAGGAAAAUGCUUAAGAAAUGCUUGAAAACUGGGUUUAAUGGAAGACAUAAAAUAAUUUUGAUAGCUUAACCAUAGAUGAUUUCCCACACCUCCAUAGAUUAAAAGCUUUUAGAUAUAUUGGAAAAGAUCCAAAAGGAAGACCUAUUGGGUUUGGUGUAAGCAGAUAUAUUUUUCCAGAAUAAUUGCCGUGUGACUAUGAUGAAUAUUGCUUAUAUUAUAUGGUUUAUCUGAAACAUAUGAGGAAAUUAGCUACAGGACACGUUGAUCAAAUAAUAAUGAUCAAUGAUGUUGGAGGUUUAAUAUCAAGUAAUGUAGAUUUAAGCUUAACUAGGAGAUAAUUAAAGCUUGUAUUAGAUUUCUUUCCUGAAGGUGUUUUCAAACUAAUAGCAGUAAAUGUGGAUUUUUACUGUCGUAUACUAUGGAAAGCCAUCAAACCAUUCUUAGAAAAGAGUACCUAAGAUAAAAUAGUAAUUGUUGGUUCAGACCAGGAGGAAAUUCACUCAACUUUACUUUAAUACAUGGAUGAUGAUUUAAUUCCAGCUAUAUAUGGAGGGAAAAAUUAAGCUUUUAGCUCAUUUUGA